AUGCAUGGUUUCUUUGCGGCUAAGAGAGGAUUGAGACAAGGGGAUCCUAUGUCUCCAUUGUUAUUUGUACUUGGCAUGGAAUAUCUGUCCAGAAUCAUGCUUAAAGUUGGCUCAUCUUCAGGUUACAAAUUCCAUGACAGGCGUUCUGGUUUAAAGCUGAAUCAGUUAUGCUUUGCAGAUGAUUUAUUAUUAUUCUGUCAUGGAGAUUUUGUUUCUAUUCUUUGGAUGCUUAGGGGGCUCAAAUUAUUUUCAAAGACUUUGGGACUUAUUCCAAAUGAGACUAAAUCUGCAAUCUAUUGUAGUGGCAUGCCUGAAACUGAGAUUGUUAAAGUGCUGGCUAUUUCAGGGUCCACUCGUAGUUCCCUGCCAUUCCGGUACCUUGGUAUCCCUAUAUGCUCCAAGCGUAUUUCUUCUGCUGAAUGUGGGGUGAUUCUCGAAAAAAUGUUAUUGAGGGAUAUAGAGGCCACUUGUAGAGCCUUUCUUUGGAAAGGUUUGGGAGAGUCUCAAGGUUCAGGUUUAGUCGCUUGGAGCUCUGUGGACUGGUGGGAGUAUUCAGUGCAACAGAAUUGCAGCUGGUAUUGGAAGAAAAUUGUUGCUAUUAAAGAUCUCUUUAAAGUCAAACUGGAUAAGGCAGCUUUUAUAGCAAUGAAACAUAGUAUUCAAUCCGUGUAUGAUAUACUAUAUGAUCAACAUAUUAAUGUACAGUGGAGUAAGUCUGUUUGGGAGAGAAUUAGUAUACCGAAGCAUAGAUUCAUUCUAUGGUUAGUGAUGCUUCAGAAGUUGAGUACCAGAUCUUAUAUCAGCAGAUAUUUACCAGGUCUGGACACAGUGUGUUUGCUAUGUGGUGAUCACAAUGAAGAUCUUCCUCACUUGUUUUUUCAAUGUACUUACAGUAAGGCUUUUCUUUUGAGGAUGAAGGAAUGGAUUGGCUGCCGAGCACAAACAGAACAUUACCAUCAACUAUUGCAAUGGAUAUACAAAGCGAAGCAUCUGAGUAAAGUCAAGAAAGGAAUUUUUAUAGCUGUUGUUACUGCACUGGUGUAUCAUAUAUGGAGGGCACGUAAUGAUGUUUUGUGGUCAUAUAAACUUUGGCAUGUAAAUCAUAUUAUAGAAGUUAUUAAAAGAGAGCUCAAAUUGAGAUUGCCUAUGUCAAUGCCAAGGAAAACAAGAAGUAGUGAUAAAGAGUGGUUUCAAAAAUUGUAA